GUAAAUAGAAGCAGGAGCGCAAAAUGGCGGAGCCGCCGAGCUCCGGUCGUGGCGCGGCGUCGCCGGAGCGAGAGUCGUUCUGCGUCAGGCCGGGCCCGGACGCGAAGGCCUCCCGCGGGUCGCAGCCAGCCUCCAAGAAGCUGAAGGGAGCCGACGAGAGGGGCCCGAAGGGCACCAAGCGCGUCAACGGCGAAGGGGGCGGCGGCGGGAGCGGGAGCGGCAAGCAGCAGCAGCAGCAGCCGCUGCAGCAGCCGCUGCCCGCGGCGGUGCCGAGCUACAGCAACCCCGCGGCGUGGGGCUUCGCCGCGCUGCCGCCAGGGCCCUCUGUCAGCGCGGCCGGCUUCGCCUUCCCCUCGCCGCUGCCCCGGAAGCUGCUGCCGCCCGCCCUGCUGCUGCCGUCCGCCGCCUCUCCCUCCCCGUCCUGCCCGCAGCACCGCCACCAUCGGCACCGCCCGGCUCCGGCCGGAGAGGCCGCCAAGCCCAAGAGGCCGAAGGAGAAGCGAGACAAGGAGAGGAGGAAGCACGGAGCGCUGCCCGCGCUCGGAGAUGGCGGCGGGGCCCUGAGCGCGGCGGGCCGGGAAGAGAACGGCGAGGUGAAGCUGCUGCUGCAGAAAGCUCAAAUCAAAGAGAAGAUGAAAGAAAGGGAAAAGAAGCAAAAAGAGAAGAAGAAGCACAAAAUAAUGAAUGAAAUAAAGAAAGAAAAUGGAGAAAUCAAGUUACUGCAGAAAGCUGGGAAGGAGAAACCAAAAAUGAACGCAGAAGAGCUACAGAUAAAAAAGGUUAAGAAGAAAAAGAAAAAGAAACAUAAAGAGAAUGAGAAGAGGAAGCGUCCAAAAAUGUACAGCAAAUCCAUUCAGACUAUCUGCUCAGGACUGGUUUCUGAUGUUGAGGAUCAGGAAGCCAAAGGCAUCAUAGAUGAUCAUCUUAAGGAUUUCAAUGGGAAAAAUAUGGAUCCCAAGAAGGACUGUGAGUCCAAGAUACCAGAGAACAGUGAGUUUCCAUUUGUCUCGUUAAAGGAGCCACGGGUUCAAAAUAAACUCAAAAGGUUGGACACAUUGGAGUUCAAACAGCUGAUUCAUAUUGAGCACCAGCCUAACGGAGGUGCAUCAGUUAUCCAUGCCUACAGUAAUGAACUCUCCCACUUAUCUCCUGUGGAGAUGGAGAGAUUUGCAGAAGAGUUUGUGGGUCUGGUUUUUAGUGAAAAUGAAAACUGUGCAGCUUACUAUGUAAUGGGUAUUGUUCAUGGGGCAGCUACAUAUUUACCUGACUUUUUAGACUACUUUUCAUUUAAUUUUCCCAAUUCACCAGUGAAAAUGGAGAUUUUGGGAAAGAAAGAUAUAGAGACAACGACUAUGUCAAAUUUUCAUGCUCAGGUAAAAAGAACAUACUCUCAUGGUACGUAUAGAGCUGGCCCAAUGAGACAGAUCAGCCUGGUUGGAGCAGUUGAUGAGGAAGUGGGGGAUUACUUUCCUGAAUUCCUUGAUAUGUUGGAAGAAUCACCCUUCUUAAAAUGUACGCUGCCAUGGGGAACACUUUCUAGUUUAAAAUUAGAGAGUCGUAAAGACAGCGAUGAUGGUCCCAUUAUGUGGGUACGUCCAGGAGAGCAGAUGAUCCCUGUGGCUGACAUGCCAAAGUCACCUUUCAAAAGGAAGAGAACUACCAAUGAAAUAAAAAACUUGCAGUACCUACCUCGAACCAGUGAACCACGUGAAAUGCUAUUUGAAGACCGGACACGAGCCCAUGCAGAUCACAUAGGACAAGGUUUUGAACGACAGACUACAGCUGCUGUGGGAGUGUUGAAGGCUGUGCACUGUGGAGAGUGGUCUGAGCAGCCUCGUAUAACCAAAGAUGUAAUUUGUUUUCAUGCUGAGGAUUUCUUAGAGGUAGUUCAGCGCAUGCAGUUGGACUUGCAUGAGCCUCCACUCUCACAGUGUGUCCAGUGGGUUGACGAUGCAAAACUGAAUCAGCUGCGAAGGGAAGGCAUUCGAUAUGCCAGAAUUCAGUUAUUUGAUAAUGACAUCUAUUUUAUCCCGAGGAAUGUUGUGCACCAGUUCAAAACAGUUUCAGCGGUGUGCAGCUUGGCGUGGCACAUCCGGCUCAAGCUGUAUCAUUCCGAAGAAGAAGCUUCUCAAAACGCAAGCACUCUCGAAGCAGGGACCUCUGCAGACCCCAAGUCUUCGGUUAUGGGACUUCAGACUGACAGCAGGAUUUGUACAAUAAGCAGAAAUACCUCCGAAGACGCCAAACUUUCAGACGUUCUGCAGCAGGAAUUUGUGCCGAUAAAACACGAACCUAUUGCAUCUCACCGAAUUAAAGAAGAACCCAUGAAUGUUGAUCUUGCUGAAAAGACUGUGGCGCCCCAUGACAGCAGGGGCCAGAAUGUUCAGACUAGAUUGGAUCAGGUUGAGUUGACGGCGUUUAAGUUGGAAAUGGGUUCCAAAUUUGAACCUGGCAGCAAGGACUUACAAGGCAAGUUGUGCCCCGGCAGUCACGUACAUCCGGAUGAUACGAGACAACAUAGUUCAUAUCCAAAACUGCAUGGACAAAGAGAGGAUGAUUUUUUGUGCUAAAUUUGUAUAUAUUGUUUUAAAUUCCUUUUUAAACUUAAUGAUGUAAUAAUGUAAAGAUUCAUAAGUUCUGUGAGGCAAGUUUGUGACUUGCCUUCGCAUCUGUUACAGAAGAUAGUUAUGUAGCUUUGUAACAUUCCUCAGUGCCUGUCCAUAACUGUGAAGUAUCAAAGCACUUAGGGCCAGAUGCACUGUAAACACUGCAGGUUUAACAUAAAGAAGUCUUUAAAUAAUUUUGAGUUGUAGGUUUUAGAGUAGAGCUGACAUUUAACAUAUAUAUUUUUUGUAAGAUGAGCCAGAAUUCUUUUUGACAAUUCCAGGCUUUUCCAUAGAGCUUAUUUAUACCAAUUUUUUCAUUUUAAAUGUGUCAGCACUGUAGUGUAAAUAUCUUUUUUAAAAAUCUUUUUAGUGUGAUUUAUACUGAAACGUGAGCCACUUAAUAAAGGUUCAUAAUAACAGAUUGGUUUUAUUUUUGGGUCUGCAAAAAAUAAUUCAGUUAAACUGCCUCUGUCAAUGGUUCUGUUUCUACCUGCACUAAGGCAUAGGAUGCUCUCACUCCGUUGCGGAGCGAGGAGCUGCAGCAAACUGAGGUAGAGCGGAGGCAUUCUUUGUCAGCCAAGACUAAGUCAGAAUGCAAAAUCAGCCCUCCCUGCACAGCUGCUCAUUAAAGGCGCUCUCCGAAUCCUGUCAUCACUUGUUGAUGUGGAACAGAGACAAACGUUACCCGCAGCCUUUCUGUGUCAGGAGGUUGGACACCAGUGGGCUCCAGGAGUGCUGCCGGCGUCUGUGUAGCUGGGCUGGGCAGGGUGGCAAACUCCUUUUGUGCUCAUCUUCUACCCCUGCGCAGCCACAAUUCAUAUAUUGCUUUCCACGUUUUAAAAACAAAGCUCAUAUCAGUUAUCUGACUAAAUUAGAACAAAGAAUGUUUUUAAAUGGUUACUCAAACUGAAGCCAAUAUAGCUUGAGCGGCGGCCUGACGCUCACUGAGGCAAAUUUGGAUUAAGAUUGCUCCACGUGCUGAUAGUGCAAGGCAGUACAGAUAGACUGGCCAGUGUGUCUGGUAGGAAGAUUCCUCGAGUCCCAGGUUAGAAGUAACAAUUUCUUCAUCAGGAAAAUGAUAGCGGUUUCCAAGUUUGACUGUUCACCUCUUUCUACUCUGUGGAACUCCGUAGUUUUCCCAACCUGUGUUCUGAGAGAAGAGGUUACAAGGCUAGCUAGCGUCUGAUGUGGUAAUGGCAAACACUGUAAUUUAACUUAUUUGUGUGUAACGUGUUGCUGUGUAGUACAAACACAUCUGAACGCUGUUUCUUUUUCAGGUAGCUACAAACAGCAGUAACCUGCCCUGCAGCCUGUCCUUCAACUAAAUAUUUAAAACUUGAGAUUCUAGGCCUGUUGUUAUUUUUGAAGCCCUAAAGUCUCCAGGUUCUGGGGGGCAAUUUUUUUCCCCAGGGCUUCUUGAAAAUUACACAUCCUUACAGGCACAAAUCAAGACCUUUGAUAUGCUUAGUGAUCCACUUUGGCUUCAAUUGUAGCAAUAGAACAAUGUGUUGUUUUCUUUCCCAGGUGUUGUCUAGUUCAACUACCCGAGGGCCUUUUGGUGCAAAUAUUUCUUGCUCCUAGGUUGUUAAAAUUGUUACUUUGUACUUAUGCCUGGCACUGAAAUCAGCCAUUUACCUGUCGUGUGCCCUAAUGUGUUUAAAUCUACAAUAGGUCUGUUGAGGAAUUAUUAAUUAAAUCAGCAUUUGAAUUGCUAAAUGUUACUCUUACGUAGCCAUAAUUAUGUAUUAGAGAAGCAAUAGAAUCAUGAAUCUCUUGGAUGUGGCGAAAUCUAAUUGCUGUUUUCAUGACUUCUGGUUAAGAGAUGACUACCAGUUUUGCAGCCUCAGGGAUCUCGCUUCCCCCCACUCCAUAAGCAAAUGGCUCACGUGUGCCGCGGUAAGUUACCACUCCAGCAUACUCGGAUUUGAGGUGUUGAUUGGUUCAUGUAAGGAUUUGAGCCUUUGCGAUAGAAACGUGCUCUCAGCUCCCAUUGGACAAUCUGGAAUUUUCCACCCAUAAUCUCCUGGCCUUGCAAACACGCCGUUCUGUAGCCUUCCAUUCCUUUUCUUUGUGCCAGCCAUCAGACAGCAGGGAGGAGCUGCAGGUCGUAGCUUCUACCCAGCACGCAGCUUUUCAAAUCCAUUAGUAGACAGCUCCAGCUUUAUGAGAACCAGCCAGCCUUGACAGAUGCAGCUUUUUUUAAUUUUUUUCCCCUUUGAAUCUCAUUUGUGUUCUGUUGAUCCGUAUGCUGAGCAUUCAAUUUUUUUCCUGUUGGAUUUCAGUGAAAUUUAUACAUCCCUUCCCCCUUUCCCUCUUCCCCCCCCCCCCCCGAUGGCAGACUUUUCUGUACUGUGGGUCCUCUCCAGACUGAAGAAAUCAAUAUUUGAAAAUAGUGUAGCAGAUACGACUUUAUGCUUACAGUAGAACAUUUUUCCAUUUGAAAACCUGCUCAGUGGUCCUGGCUGGUGUGCUCUCAAACUUCUGCUCAGGUAUGUCUUCAUUCUGACAUUUUGCUUCUUCACUGCCCACGUUUUAAAUCCAUUUUUUUGUCAUUUUCAGAAUUUUGAGAGAGAAGUAGCAGCAGUUCUUACGAUUUUUAUGCACUGUUUGUUUUUGAGACAAAUUAGAUUGUGACUGUUAGGCAGAGCUUGAAGAGAGGACAUGAACAGGACACAACCAAUGGCUGUCAGAAGUGCCAUUGUACACAAAUGUGCACAGGGUUUGCAUUGACCAGCUGCAGUGGGAUACACUUGGCUAGCUUUGAAAACCAAACUUUGUCCUCUACCUGUGGUGUAUUCAUCUUGAUAUGGUUGCUUUUCAAGGAGGACGAUUUCUGAGAAUUUCAGCUCCCAAGUUGUUCAUUAGUCUGAUAAAAAUCUUGGUGUCAAGUGGUCCUAUGCGAUAUCCUCUGCUCCUGUUGCAUACAUCAGCUUCACAUCCAGACUUUUGCUCCAGCAAUAAAUCUUUCCUGCGCUGCGAUGGACUGACACCAGUCUUUGCUUGUUGCUUUUUUCUUCCCCCUGGAUUUCAGUUUUUUAUGACUCUGUUACUUUGGCUGAAAUCUCUGGUGUUCUCUUUUGGCCCAUGUUCUUCUGCAGAUGGAAAAAAUCCACGUGAGGCACAGUGCCUGUACUGCAGUGGUGGUCACAUCCGUGUGUUUGCCGUGCUGUCCCAGCUAGUGACACAUGUGCAGAACCUUAGAGAUGUUUCCAUAGAUCCUGUACUGUUUUUGUGAGUAGCAAAGAGCUGCGUUGUUACUGACCUUACCAAUAGCUCUCAAGAUGGUAGUUACUGUUUUUGUUACGAUUACUGGAGCUUUUGCAUCUCACUGGCAGCUGGCUUCAUGUGUUACGUACAGGUGUUGCUGGUGUUGUGUCACCCCCAGCCCUCUGAUGCCUGCAAAUUGACUCCAAAACAGCCUUUUCAUUACAGGUACUGCUGGCAUGCAGAUUUCCCCUUCCUUGUUACUAUAGUGAAUAUUUCAAUACUUUAAUGGAAAUAUUAAUUCUAUCUAGUAUUAGAAAUAAAGUAUUAUUUCAGAGGGUGAUGAUUUAAGUAUUCAUCUGUGAAGGAAUUCCUUGGUGAUGAAUAAAAUUGAUUUUUAAGUAAAAAUGCACGUGCGCAGUAAAUAUAUUGGCAUUGCAAAUAACGUAGGGAAUGGACACGUGAAAUGGUUGACUGCUGUGGAAACAGAUUGGCAGAAUGUUACGAACUUGGAACAUUGAAGAAGUCUUCCAGGAAACAUAAGGAAAAUAUUCUUUGUUUAAAAAUGACCAUUUUCUAAUAUGUGCAUGUGAAUCAGAAUGCUGAAUUGAUGAAAAAAAACCCAUGUUUUCUUUAUGCUCACAGGAAAAAGACCCAUUGUGAGAGGGGUUACCAACUGACCCUACUGAUGAAAGCUGUACUAAUUCUGAUCAAAUGGUAUCAGACAUCUUUGCAGGCUUCUCAGCUGUAAUUGCAUUCAUUUUUGUGACGGUCAGACGAAGCUGAGUUCACUUAGGCAGCCAGCGCCUUUGACCUGACUGUGAAUGUGUACGAGUCAGAAAUGGGAAGGAUGACUUCUGACUGCUGUGUGAGAUGCUGUUAAAAAUGCUUUCCUGGGUUGUGAGUCCCUGCUACUACUUGUUUGGUACCUUACUGGGUGGAUGAAACGCACUUUAAAAACUGUGUAAUAGGUAAUGCUGAUGUUCUGUGCCGUCCUGCUGAGUUUCCUGCACACGUGAACACCUGGAAACCUUUUACUCCCAUUGGUCACUCAUUUCAUUUUCCUUAAAAAAUAGAAACAAUUCUGCUGUGUGUGCAGCUUCUCACCCAGAAGCAGUGAUUAACUUCGUGGUAUCUAGGUUGCUAGUUCUGUUAGAGUCAUCGGAUGUGGACUUUCCCAAUCUCCUGUAUCAGAUUCGGGCCGCUGUGUUCCUUUGUACUGUGAUGCUGUUAUUGCUUCUGCUUUAGAGCUGUUCUGUACUGAAGUGCCAGGGAACCACUGGCUGCCUUGUGUUCUGGCCACACUGAUAGACAGCUUUCUGAUGAGGUCAUUAGUCCUAAAUAGUCCUUCAACAUUUGGUGUAUGGAUGUGAUAUUCUGAUGCGGUGAUUAAAGGAGAAGAUUAAAGUUCUA